AUGAAGAACAUAUUUUAUAUUAGUUGUAUAAGUUUGUUAAACAUUCAUCUGGUGUUUUGUUCGAGGAUCCUCUUCGUAGCACCAAUCCCAUCAUACAGCCACCAAAUAUUCUUCAGGAAAAUAUGGCUGAAGCUGGCGGAAAGAGGCCACGACUUAACAGUACUUUCCACAGAUUACAUGGAAAAUGCACCAAAGAAUGUCAGACAAAUAGAUUGGCAUUUCACCUACCAACUGAGGCACAACAAAUACAACAUCAGUCAAGUGUACUUGGACAACGAAGACGACAUUGCGAAGGUGAUCUCAGUGUACAUAACCAUGUUGAAUGAAAUUUCUGACAGAGAAUUGUCCCAGCCAGAUGUGCAACAAUUACUGAAAAACAGGGACGAAAAGUUUGACCUGUUGAUCGCCGAAUUUCACCACCCCCUCGUUUUCGCCUUUAGUAGCUACUUCAACUGCCCUUACAUUGGUAUAUCAUCGGCCAACAUCGACAACAGCUUCCAUGAACUCCUGGGGAAUCCUGCCCACCCCCUUCUAUAUCCAUCAAUAUUUUCCCCAUUGGAUGGACAAAUGACGUUUCGAACCAAGGUGGACAUUUUAACCUUUUGGAUUAAGUCACGGUUCAACAAGUACAGCCACGGUGACCCAUACCACGAUGAGCUGGCGAGGAAACACUUCGGCAGCAACCUCCCACCUAUGUUGGACAUAAUCAGGAACGUCAGUCUGGUGCUAAUAAACACCCACGUUGUUUUCGAUGACAGACCUUUGUUGCCUGGGUUAAUACGUAUCGGUGGAGGAACCCACUUGGAACCAGCCAAAGCACUACCCCACAACAUCCAGGAGUUUCUGGACGACGCACCUGAAGGUGCCAUCUACUUCAGCCUGGGCACAAACGUGAAGAGCACUUGCUUGAAGCCGGACACCCUUAACGCAUUCAUCGAAGCCUUCAGGGAGUUACCCUUUAAAGUCUUGUGGAGAUUUGAGGACGACUUAAAAAAUGUUUCGACCAACGUCAAAAUUUUUAAGUGGCUGCCACAAAGCGACGUUUUGAGACACAAAAAUGUUAAGGCCUUCAUAACCCAGGGUGGACUUCAGUCAAUAGACGAAUCAAUAUUCAGUUAUGUGCCCAUGAUAGUUAUUCCUUUUGUUAGUGACCAAAAGCUCAACGCUAGAAACAUUAAAAGAAAGGGAUUAGGGGUUUAUUUGGAUAAAAGCAAUUUGGAUAAGGAAUGUCUUAAGCAAGCCAUCCUUGAAGUUAUAUCCAAUCAAACUUACAAAACGAACGUAAAAAAUAUUGCUAAUUACAUUGAGGAUCAACCAAUGUCAGGGUUGGACACAGCCAUUUGGUGGAUAGAAUAUGUAAUUCGUCACAAAGGGACCAAACAUUUAUGGAAUUUUGACAAUAUUUUGCCUUUAUAUGAAUAUCUUAUGCUUGAUGUAAUAUUUUAUAUGAUUUUUAUCAACUUGACACCUUUAUAUUUAGCAUACAUUUUAGGGAAAUUUUUUAUUAGGAGAAUAUAUUUUAAUUAUAUUAAACAACUAUGAUUAUGAUAUUUUUAAUUAUUGUAUUUUGUUUAAUUACUACUU